UCCGGUGUCAUAAGUGACCGUGACUUGAGUUGACAACAAAUACCUAGCAUGUCAACUGAACUGCACGUUCGUGCUGCCGGGUUUGUACUCUAUCGCAGGGUACACGGCCAUGUGGAGUACCUGUUACUACAGGCGCGGAGCAGGAAACGACACUGGACACCACCGAAAGGUCGCGUUGAUCCAGGCGAGGAGGAGCUGGAGACGGCGUUCAGAGAAACUCGCGAGGAGUCUGGCAUAACUUCACACCAGGUGGACUUGAUCGAGGACUUCAGGCGGGAAAUCCACUACACCGUGCACGGUAACAGGAACAAGAGAGUCAUAUACUGGCUGGCUAAGCUGAAGGACCCAGAAACGGCCGUAACCCUUUCAGACGAACACAUCGCAUAUAGAUGGUGUACUAUUGACGACGCCGUGGACUUCUUACAUAACUACCCCGGUAUGCAGAAACUGAUGCAGGAGGCUGAUGAAUUUAUUCACUCUUCAAAGUGAUAUUUUGAAAGCAGAAUGUAAUUCUGUUUAGUGGAGUUAUAUUUAAAAUGUUAAUCUCGAGUAUAAUUUUUUAAUAUAUAUAUAUACGUACACGUAUAAUACAUAUACAUAUACAUCAGAGAUGGGGUAAUCGUAAUCAGUAAUCGUAAUCGUAAUCGAU